UCACACUAUCAAUACACCGAGUACCUGAAAGGCUUUACAAUGCCUUCGGUCCGGAGGAUGAUUCUCGGGCAUGUAAUGUCUGGAAUUUGCUCUAAAAUGAAUCGAAUUAAACGUCUGGAUGGUGAUGGAAUGGAGACACCUUUAAAGAGAUGUUUGACUACUUUUGAUAUGACAUUUUUGGGUGUUGGUCAUAUGAUGGGAGCCGGUAUUUAUGUCCUGACUGGCCAAGUAGCUCAUUCAAUAGCUGGACCCGCAAUAAUAAUAAGUUUCGCGUUGGCUGGACUGGCAUCAGCUUUUGCUGCCUACUGUUAUGCUGAAUUCGGUGCUCGUGUCCCGAAAGCUGGAAGCGCUUAUGUCUACACUUAUGUGACAAUAGGCGAGUUCUGGGCAUUCGUUAUUGGUUGGAAUAUUAUUUUGGAACAUAUGAUAGGUGCUGCUUCAGUAGCAAGAGCUUGGAGUGGUUACGUAGAUUCAUUGACAGGAGGAACACUUAGCAAUCUUACAAGUGAUUUUAUGAGUGGACACGAGAUGAGCCCAUCCCUUGGCCAUAUACCAGAUCCAUUGGCUUGCAUACUCUGUUUAGUAUACGCUCUUAUUCUUGGCUCUGGUGUAAAAGUAUCGUCACGUCUGAAUUCUGUUCUUACUAUGGUCAAUCUUGGUGUUAUUGGCUUAGUGAUUGGACUCGGAUGUCAGUAUGCCAAUUUUGGUAAUUGGACCGAUGAAAAACAUUAUGGAUUUAUGCCAUUUGGUAUUGCCGGUGUUAUGGCAGAAGCGCGAAACCCAAGCAAAAGUAUACCACGAGCAACAUCAUUUUCAAUGAUAAUAGUCGUGAUUGGUUACAUACUACUCAGCGGAAUGCUAACGCUAGUUGUACCUUACUGGGAAAUAAAUCCAACUGCAGCAUUAUCUGAGGCAUUCGCAUCCCGAGGCGUCACCUGGGCAAAGUAUGUCAUCAGCAUUGGAGCGCUCUGCGGGAUGACGACGACUCUCUUUGGGUCAUUAUUCUCACUUCCAAGAAUAAUUUACGCCAUGGCCAGUGAUGGUCUACUCUUCUCAUUCCUCGGUCGUGUCAAUGAACGAACACAACUACCGAUUAUUAAUCUAGCCAUCAGCGGUGUCAUCUGUUCUAUAAUAGCUCUGCUGUUUGAUCUAGCACAUCUCGUCGAAUUCAUGUCCAUUGGAACUUUUCUAGCCUACACUAUUGUCUCGGCAAGUGUAAUUAUUUUACGAUAUAGGCCCAUCAAUGAUAUUCCACAUUUUAUUCCAACAAAGACACAUGAAGCCGAAUCGCCGAGCGACACCAGUAGCACCAGCAGUCUAACAGAUUCAUCCCCCGACGACUCGGAGCUUAUUGAGAGCCAAAAAGUUAAUCCUGUCGGCAGACUGAAGAAACGUUACGCUAAAUUAGCUAAUAUUAUUGGAAAUUGGGAACCGGGAACCGCUGUAAUGGCAGCGUUAAUAAUUUACAUUGCUGGAUGCAUUUGUAUUUCAGUACUUUUACUUGGUCUUACGUCACCGUUUGAUCAAGAACCAUCUUGGUGGAAUAAUUUACUUUAUUUCUUCGUUUCAUUGAUUAUGGUUGCCUGUUUACUGGUUAUUGGAGCACACGAACAAUGCCCAGCCGUUGAUGAUAAAUUCCGGGUACAUUUUGUACCUUUAAUUCCUGCAAUCAGUAUUUAUAUUAACAUUCUUCUCAUGAGUCAUUUGCAAUUACUUACGUGGCUUCGCUUCUUUGUGUGGAUGUUUCUAGGUAUUUUAAUUUACUUCCUAUAUGGAAUUCAUCACAGCAAAGAAGCAGGUCCUAAUUCUUAUUCUGUUCUGAUGACAAGAUUUGAAGAAGAACAAGCUCAAUCGAGGAAUAAAGUAAACUCUGGCUUAAGAUUUAAACCAACUCGGUUAUUAAAGUCGAAAAAGAAUUCUGAUAAGCAACCUAUCCUCAAUUCCGAUUCAUAUCGUUAA